AAGCGUGGAGGUGGUCGCUAAGCAACCAUCUCCGGGGGAACUACACACGCUAACACUAUAAGAAACCCGAAUAAGUUCCUUCGAUUUCUUUAAAUAUCUAUAAAUAUAUCUUUUAUUUUUCUGAUGUCGAAUUUGUCAGAAAGCAUUUAUAACCUCAUUCCCCGUGAAGAGGUUAAAACUGAGAAACCACCAAGAUACAUGUCAAAGUUUAGGGAGCAGGUAAAUCAAGAAAAAGAGCUGAAUAGGGCCAAGAGCAAGACAAUGGGGCCUCCUAAGGUGGAAGUUCCAUCCCCUGAAAAGUACCUGCUGAAACACUCCAAGGAACCCAGACUGCCUGAGCGAAAACUCUUUGCCUACGCGGACAAUGGAAAGGAAAAAAAACCCCAAGUUCCCAGCAAGACGGACAAGCCCCUGAUGGGCAUUCACACGCAGAAGAACUUCAUCAAGAACAAUGCCAUGGAAACCAUCGCAGCGGCACCAAAGAAACCGCAGGCGAUCUGCGUCGACACCAAGAACGGAGAUAAGCAGCUUCUGGAAUCAUCUGGCCUCGUCCCAAAAUAUGUGAAGAAAAAAGACUAUGGGCAAACUCCCGAGUAUUUGCAGCAGCGCAGGGACGAGGUGAGAAGGGCCCAGCAGGAGUACGAUGACUAUGUCAGAGAGCGGCUGCGAGAGGGGGCCAUGAAGCAGGUGUCAGAAGAAGAGCGGGAAGCGGUCCUCCAGGGCCUAAAGAUGAACUGGGAGGAACUGCAUCGGCAGUAUCAAGGCCUGUCAGUCGUCACAGACACCGCCCUCAAGAAGCAGCGCAAGGAACGGCUGGAACGGGAGAUGAAACAGCUGGAGAAGGACAUGGAGCUGGUGGAGAAGAACAAGAUCAUAUAUGUCGCAAAGAGCUGAAGGGAGAGGGCGGGACCUUCAGUUUAUUUCACUUUAGACUUAACUAAAUUUAAAUGCAGCUAGUCUUACACAAGUUACUAACUUUUAUUGGAGCAUAUUCUCGGAGGGCUAUGUACUUUUAAAGUUGAGUAGUGCGGUUGACAUUUCCUGUAGAUAUUUCCUUGGUAAAAAAAAGAUGUGUUAAUAUCUGAAUAACCAUGAGGUCAUGGAAGAUGUGUGACUGGGUAAUUCGAUCGUUAACGGCGGAUAUCAAUGAGCAGUAGCUUAAUAAUUUAAACACAGUGAAGGCUUGCGCGGAGUUGCGGGUAUUCAUAUAAAUAUAUGUCAGACAUCUGUGGCACUACACUAUGAUGGUAGCUUUGGACGUAUUAUUACCUGUCUGAUUAUUCCAUUUGUGUUGGGAUUAUUGUUCAGUAAACAGGAAAGCGCAUUCUGCAUUUAAACUGCCUUUGUUUGCCACAGCCAGGGAUGAAAGUCUUGCUUGUGCUCCAGCUCCAUCUGUAUUACCAGUUGAUAAUAAAAUUUAAAGGA